GCCACUGUGUUGUUAUGGGGACUCGGCGGGAAUUUUCUGGGAUAGGCAGUGAGUGGGAAGAGAGGCUGUCCGGCCUGAGCUGCUGCUGCUGAUGCCGCUCCGGGCUUCGAGCUCCACGCUCAGAUUCUGGACUGGACAGAUAGGGCUUUUGUGAGGGGCACUGGCCUCAUCUGUUCGCCCUCAAUAGCAUUCAAAGCUGCACUUUUAAGCGCCUUGUCCAGUCCACGCACUCAUGGCUGUUGCAAUUCCCAAACUGUCCAGCGGCAGCGCUGUCCGCAUCCGAAUAACCAGCUUGGAUGUGGGCACAAGCAGAUGGAAAGAGGGCAUAUUUGAGAUCUACGAGAGGGACAACAAAUCAAAUCUUGUGUUGAAGUUUAACAGCGGUGGAACUCCCAAAAAGUUUCAGUUGAGCCACAACGUGAAGAAUGUUGGUUACACUCAAACACACAGUCUCACGCGCUUGGCACUGACACUGAAAGAUUCCAGUGUUGUAACUUUUGAAAAACUGUCCAUAAUGGUUGCAAAGAAAUUAAAGGACUACCUUGAAACAAUUAAGCAGGGAAAACAAACUGCUCUUAAGACAAACCAGGGAAGUGCCAGUUUUGGAUUAGUACUUGGGAACCGGACGGCCCAGAAUGAUCCAGGCUUAUCUUCAGAAAAGCAGACAACUCCAAGACGGCCAAGCUUGGAUAACAAAGAAGAGAGUGUCUCACGUAAGCCACUGGGGAGUCCCAGUCGAGUCACGUCGACACCUGUACGUGGUGGACUCUCUGAGAGCAGGAGUGAGAAAAGAAAGAGGCUGAUGUCCUCAGAUUCUGACAUGACUGAGGAUUACCCCAAAGAAAAUGACUCCUCUAGCAACAAUAAAGCCAUCUCGGACCCAUCCAGGAAGUUUCUGAACAGUUGCAAGGAGAAGCUUAAGCAGUCAGAGGAAAACAGGACUCCAGCUCCUCUUGCAUCGGCACCCCUCCAACCAUCAUCGUUCUAUGGCAGCAGGACAGUAACUAAAGACUACACACAAACGCAUUCAUUCUUGGACAGCAGGCCUACCAGCACAAGCCAGUCACCGGCUGCAAAAAGGAGCCUGCUGCUGCCCAAUCACUCCACCCCCUUCAAGAAAGUCCGCCCAUCUCUUGAAUAUGGAGGCUGGAACAAACAGAGACCCUCCACUCUAACUCAAGCUCAGCCUCCUCUGCAGGGGUUCUCCAAUUUGGGAAACACCUGUUACAUGAAUGCCAUACUGCAGUCACUCUUCAGCCUACCUUCAUUUUCAAAUGACCUGUUAAAACAGGGCAUCCCAUGGAAGAGAGUCCCAAUCAAUGCUCUUUUAAGGCGCUUUGCUCAUCUGCUUGCCAAAAAAGACAUCUCAUCUCCAGAAGUGAAGAAAGAUUUGUUGAGGAGGGUAAAGAAUGCCAUUUCCUCAACGGCUGAGCGUUUCUCUGGGUACAUGCAAAAUGAUGCCCAUGAGUUCCUAAGCCAGUGUCUGGAUCAGCUGAAGGAAGAUGUGGAGAAGGUCAAUAAGAGCUGCAAGAGUGAGCCCUUUGCCUGGGAAGAGCCGCAGGGCACACGGCUAACAGAGGAGCCUGACACCUCACGCAUAUACACUUGUCCUGUUACUGUUAAUAUGGAGUUUGAAGUCCAGCACACAAUCACAUGCAAAAGCUGUGGAGAGGUGGUGACGAAGCGUGAACAGUUCAACGACUUGUCCAUUGACCUUCCUCGCAGGAAGAAAACGCUCCCUCUCAGAUCAAUCCAAGACUCACUGGAUCUUUUCUUUAGGAUGGAAGAAAUUGAAUAUUCCUGUGAGAAGUGUAACGGGAAAACUGCCACUGUCACACACAAGUUCAGCAGACUUCCUAGAGUUCUAAUCCUUCAUUUAAAGCGGUACAGUUACAAUGCACAGUUGUCACUAAACAGCAAGCUGGGCCAGCAGGUCCUGAUCCCAAAAUACCUCACUUUGCUUUCCCACUGCACAGAGAAUACGCGCCCACCACUCAGCCUGGGAUGGAAUGCUCAGACAGCCCUGUCCAGGACACUGAAAACGUCACAGUGUGUGAACUCUUCAACGCUGCGAAAAGGCUCCACAAAGUCUGAAAACACGGCCAGCAUCUUAUGUGACUCUGACAGUGAAGAGGACCUAACCAGAAAAGUUAGUUCCAAACAUCGACUUAGUGAAUCCCUCACAGAUGAUGACAGAGUAGAGGAGGUGCAGCAAAAUGGUCCGGUAGAACACCCAGAAUUCACAGGCAUGAAUGAUGAUGAAAUGCUUGCUGCUGUUCUUGAGAUGAGUCGCCAUGAAGCUGGUGUUUCUGGGCCUCAAGAUGAUGAACCAACUAGCAGCCCUGAUACAGGCUUUGGAGAUGCAGAUGCCCAGGAGCUAACUCAGCAUUUGGAUCUGUUGGAGGGAGAUAAACCAUCUGGAGAUGUACUUGGCUCUCUUGACCUGACAAUGGAUGAGAACAAGGAGAAUCAAACUCCUGAUGGGGCUCAGGGUGAACUGGACUGGGUGCAGCAGUACAAUUUGGAUCAGGAGCGAGAAGAACAGGAGUUGCAGCAAGCCCUUGCUCAAAGCUUACAGGAACAUGAAGCAAGAGAGAUGAGGGAGGAUGAUGAUCUGAAGAGAGCAACCGAGCUCAGCUUGCAAGAGUUUAAUAACUCACUUCCUGAUCUGCUGUGCUCUGAUGAGGAUUCGGGCAAUGAGGACACACUAGACAUGGAGUACAGUGAGGCUGAGGCUGAGGAACUGAAGAGGAAUUCAGAGUGUGGUGACCUACCCAAUUCCUUCAGACUCAUCAGUGUGGUCAGCCACAUUGGCACCAGCUCGUCAUCAGGUCAUUACAUAAGUGAUGUUUAUGACAUGAAGAAGCAGUCUUGGCUCACAUACAAUGAUUUAGAUGUGUCUCGUACGCAGGAGGCCACCGUUCAGAGGGACAGAGACAGAAGUGGAUACAUUUUCUUUUACAUGCACAGGAAUGUGUUUGAGGAGCUGUCAGAGUUGGAGAGGGCAGGAGGAAGCAGUGAUGUCAGCCGCACAGUCCUGCAGCCUUUAUAAGAAGCUGUGCUGUACCAUGUCCUAGAUGCAGUCUGGUGCUCAUGUAAAGGUCCUUGUGGUAAUUAAAGGAUGAGCUGAGUCUAGGGUAGAAGUCACACCUCUCUUCAAUACUACUGAUUACCGUCCACACACACAAACCCUUACCCUCACCUAUUUCAGGCACUUUUCUUCCCUUUUCUGCUCUUUCGUUUUUCCUUUUCUCUGUUGUGAACUAUUGUCACUGUUUCUAGUGUAGACUUCAGUAUUGGUGUUCUUUUAGGCCCAUGAAGAUUUAACAGUUUUAUGGGAAAAAGACACAUUAAAUAAACUUAACAUCUUGGAUUUCUAAAUGAUAUGAAAUUCAGCCUUGAGACAUUUGUUCUAUUUUUCCAAUUCUUCCUAAUUGCUAAAUAUUGCCUUUGAUAAAGUCCCUUGGAGGAGCAGAAGCCUUUAUGCAUUAAUAAAUUCAGAGCAAAUGUCUGAGGGUCGGGGAGUGUUUCUCUCUUGAGCUGUUUCUUUUUCAACUUUUCCAAAAUUCUUUAUGAUCUAUUGAAUAUAAAGAUUUAUUCUUAUAUGUUUGAGGGUGGUAUGGGGGAAGGGGGUAUAUGUGUUGUAUGUUUGAUAUGCAGCUGAAAAUGUCGUGCAAUAUUUCCUUUGCCAAUUUUUCCGUUGGCUUUUAUAUGUCUGUCCUAUAGCGAUGAGAUGGGAAAGGGGUUCCAAUUUAUAUUCAAGGCUUUACUGACUGUUUAUUGCUAUUUUAAUCGUUUUAUAAAUAUAUUCUAACAAGCUAAAUGA